AUGGAUGUUCUACAAAUUACACCCAAAUCGACAGACUCUACUCCUUUCUAUAUCGCCGAACGCGAUGCACCAAACACCCAAGUUGUCAUUGUUGAUGACCACCCAGACGGACCAUAUUUUGAUAUGUGGUCACUGUUCACAGAGAAGCCAAUCGUCCGUUUAAACAACCUCCCGGAGAACACAACUUUUGAAAACAUUAUCGUGCCACUUGCUGGUGCAGCGAAUACGCUCUGGCAGGGCGACUGGGAGGUCAACUCUUGCGAAAAGUCAAAACUCUUAGAUACAUUCGCCAAUCGGGCCUUGACCUUGUACGGGUUGAAUGGCACCCAGCCGCGACAAAGUAAGAACAUUACUUUGACUUUCAUCAACAGAGUGUCGGGGCGGAAACUCGUCAAUCAAACGCGAUACCUAGAGCGGCUCCAGCAAGAAUUUCCUCUGGUGAACGUUCAGUCAAUUGAUUUUGCCGGGGUUUCCUACAAAGAUCAAUUGAAGAUCAUCCGAGAAUCAGAUAUACUGGCGGGUGUCCAUGGAGCAGGUCUCACACAUGGUAUAUUCCUGCCUCCUGGAUCGGCGAUGGUGGAAAUUCUACCACCUGGGCUAAACCACAAGGGCUUUCGCAAUGUUGCUUUUCUACGGGGUCAUGACUAUUUCAGCACGCAUGCAUCAGACCCACCUUCAUCCCAAAAGGGCGACUGGCACUCUGAAGAUGUUUACCUGGAUGUUGAGCGUUUUAUGGAGGUUAUGGAUGUAGCCAUUAAGGCGAUGUAUAACAAGGGCCUGCGAAGUUAUGAUGUUUGA